AUGCCUGUCUUUAGGGCUCAAAGGAGGUUAUACUCCGAUUUGGCUCAUAAAUACUCCAAAACCUUGAGACUGCCUCAAACAGAGUUCCCUAAAAGAUCCAAUUAUGAAGCUACAAUUAAGGACUUGGUGCCUAGAUCAUCACAAGAUUUAUACAAAUUACAACUGGAGAAAUCACCAAUCAAAGAUGAUGUGUUCAUCUUACAUGAUGGUCCUCCCUAUGCUAAUGGUGAUUUGCAUUUAGGUCAUGCUUUGAACAAAAUUUUAAAAGAUUUCAUAAAUAGAUUCAAUUUAAUGAUGGGUAAACAAGUUUAUUAUAAACCUGGUUGGGAUUGUCAUGGUUUACCAAUUGAACUGAAAGCUUUGGAAACCAUAAACAAGAAAUUAAAAAAAGAUGCUUCAAUGACUUUAUCUGUUAAAGAAAUCCGCGAUAUGGCUAGAAAUCAUGCAACCAAAACAGUGGAGACUCAAUUGGAAAGUUUCAAACAAUUUGCUAUAUUGGCAGAUUUUAAAGAUAAUUAUAAAACAAUGAAUCAUCAAUUUGAAAUAAACCAAUUGAAAAUAUUCCAAAAGAUGUUAUCCAGGAAUCUUAUAACAAGACAGAAAAAACCAGUUUUCUGGGGUUGUGAAACUCAUACUGCUUUAGCUGAAGGUGAAUUGGAAUAUAAUGAUAAGCAUAGAUCAACAGCUGCAUAUUUAUCAUUCCCAUUGGUGGAAAUGACUGAUGAAUUAAAACAUUUAUUAAAAGAUCUCGAAUCACCAAGUGUGUUGAUUUGGACUUCUACCCCAUGGACCAUUGCUUCCAAUAGGGCCAUCUCCAUUAAUGAAAACUUCACAUAUACAAUCAUCAAGUCAUCAGAACAAUCCUUGAUCGUUGCAAAAGAACUAGCAUCUCAAUUACUUGAAAUCAAACCAGAAUUUUCAGAAACUUUUAUUGAAAUUCCAGGUACAAUGUUGGUUGGUAGUAGUUAUGUUAAUCCAAUCAGUAAUGAAACACAUCCAAUAAUACAUGGUGACCAUGUUAUAGAUAACGCAGGUACUGGACUGGUCCAUACUGCACCUGGUCAUGGUAAUGAAGAUUAUUUUGCAUGUUUAAAACAUGGUAUGGAAGUGUAUUCACCAGUUGACAAUUUUGGGAAAUAUACAAAAGAUGUCCCUUCAGGAUUUGAAUCAUUAGUGGGUAAAAGAGUUUUAGGUGAAGGUGGUAAAAUAAUGUUGAAUUUGUUAGAAGAUGCUAAAAUGAUUUUCCAUGUUGAUCCAAAUUAUAUUCAUUCAUACCCCUAUGAUUGGAGAUCAAAAAAACCAAUCAUCAUUAGAGCUACACCUCAAUGGUUUGCAAAUGUUGGGAAAAUUAAAGAAGCUGCUAGUAAGUCACUUGAUGAUGUGAAAUUCACUCCAGAAAAGGGUAAGAAUAGACUGUUAUCUUUCAUUAAAAAUAGAAAUGAAUGGUGUAUUUCAAGACAAAGAUCAUGGGGUGUUCCAAUUCCUGCAUUAUAUUCUAAACAUGAUGAAAAUAUUGUCUUAAUGGAUCAAGAAUCUGUUUCCCAUAUUAUCAGCAAAAUUGAUGAACUAGGUACUGAUGCUUGGUUUGAAGUUGAAGAGAAUGUGGAAAGAUGGUUACCAGAAUCACAUCGUGGUCAAGGUGCAGAUUUUUAUAAAGGCAAAGAUACAAUGGAUGUUUGGUUUGAUAGUGGUUCAAGUUGGAACGAAAUUCAGUCAUUUAUUGAGAAACACGACUUAAAACGUGACUAUUUGGCUGAUGUCUAUUUAGAAGGUUCUGAUCAACAUAGAGGUUGGUUCCAAUCUUCACUGUUGACUAAAAUCGCAACUGAUGAUGCCUCUACUACAAAAGCACCAUAUAAAAACAUCAUUACACAUGGGUUCACAUUGGAUGAAAAGGGUCAAAAAAUGUCAAAAUCUAUUGGAAAUACAAUUUUGCCUGAAAAUGUUAUUCAAGGUAAGAAUGGAUUGCCUGCACUCGGUGUUGAUGGAAUAAGGUUAUGGGCUGCUCAAGCUGAUUAUACAAGUGAUAUGGCUAUUGGUCCAAAGAUUUUGAAACAUGUUGGUGAUUCGUUAAAGAAAAUUAGAAUUACAUUCAGUUUCUUAUUGGGUAACUUGAAUGAUAUCAAGCCAGAAGAAAUUGUUGAGUAUGAUAACUUAAGACCAAUUGACAAAUAUGCACUAUCAAAAUUGGUGAAACUAAAUGAAGAGAUUUUGGAACAAUACAGGGUUUUCAAUUACAAUAGAGUUAUUCAAUUAUUGAAUUACCAUUUAAACACUGAACUGUCUGCAACCUAUUUUGAUAUUGUUAAAGAUAGAUUAUACACUGAUAAAGUUGAUGGUUUAUCACGUCGUGCUGUCCAAUCUGUCUUAUUAGAAAUUCAUCAAACUUAUAUAUCAAUAUUAUCACCAGUGUUACCAAUUGUUACCCAAGAAGUUUGGGAUUUCACAUUACCAUGGAUAAAGGAAAACCAACCAUCACCAUUUUUGAAAGGUUGCAAAAAAUUAGAUUCACGUUACAAAAAUUCUGAGUUGGAGGCUGAAUUUGAUUCAAUUUGGAAGAUUAAAGAUGAAGUCAAACUAUUAGCUGAGCAAGGUCGUAAGAAUGAUAAAACAAUCAGAAACUCUUUGGAAACAGAUGUUGUUGUCAAUAUCAGUGGAAAAGAUACUGGAUUGGAAAACAUUAUGCAAAAACAUGCCCAAUAUUUGGCUGAUUAUCUCCUUGUUUCCCAUGUUCAUAUUAACAAACCAUUACCAGACUCAUUGGCUUAUCACUACUCCAAUAGCGUGCUAAUUGAUGGCACAACUGUCACUGUGAGUGUUGUUCCUUCCUCAGAAUCGAAAUGUCCUAGAUGUUGGAAGUACACCUCUGUGAGUGCGGAAGACUUGUGUCAAAGAUGUGACGAAGUUCUUAAUGAAUGA